CAGAUAUGAAUGCGAUAUUUCUUCUUUCUGUGUAUCUUUUGGAAGUUUUGUUUUGAUACCAUUUUUAAAACAGAGAUUUCUGUGACUCUUUUAGAGCAGACAAUUCCCAGGCUGAACUGAGAAUUUUUGUUUUGUUUUGUUUUUUUCUUCUAGGAAGAAUACCCAUUUGGUUUCUAAUUUCAGGUCUCUCUCAAACUUUGAUCAGUCUUUUGUCUCCUCUUGAUCUCAUUCAUGUGAUCCAGCUCUUCUCUAUCACAACUGGGUUUCCUCUUUUAGCAAUCAUACAUUUGUGGGUUUUGAAGGGAAGGAAGAAUUUAUGAAGAAUUUUGCUACUUUUGGUGGCGACCGUUUGUUUUUGUUGAGGUUGUGACUAAAAGGGGAAAUAGUUGUGGUGGUGGUGGUGGGAUUUUGGGGGUGUUUAAUGAUAUCUGGAUUUGGGCAUUUAGGGUUUGUGGGAGCAUGGGAUUAGGCAAUCUAGAAGAUAAAGUGAGGCAGCCUUGGAGAUUGUGCGAAUCAAGGGGCAGAAAGAAGCAGAAGAAGGAUUUUGAUGAUAACGGGGGUGAUGCUGUGAGGGGGACAUGUUGUUGGAUUAAGUUCAGGUUUAUAGGAAGCUGCAUUUCAAGAUCCAAAGUUGAGAGCUCUGUUAGUGGGAUCAGUACCCAUUAUGGGUCAGCGGAAAGUAAAUUUACAAAUGACACAAGCAGAGACCAACCUGCUGCUCCCACUGUCUCAUCUACGACUACUAGUAACGCAGAAAGUAAUUCAUCCACUUCCAAACUUGAAGAGGAGCUUAAAAUUGCUUCUCGGCUCCGAAAAUUUACUUUUAAUGAUCUUAAAUUGGCCACAAGAAAUUUUAGACCCGAGAGUCUUCUGGGAGAGGGUGGUUUUGGUUGUGUCUUCAAAGGUUGGAUUGAAGAAAAUGGAACUGCUCCGGUGAAACCUGGCACUGGUCUUACUGUUGCUGUUAAAACACUCAACCAUGAUGGACUUCAGGGUCACAAAGAAUGGCUGGCUGAAGUGAACUUUCUUGGGGAUCUUGUUCAUUCUAACUUGGUUAAAUUGAUCGGUUAUUGUAUUGAAGAUGAUCAAAGACUGCUUGUCUAUGAGUUCAUGCCUCGAGGAAGUUUGGAGAACCACCUCUUCAGAAGAUCCCUGCCUCUUCCAUGGUCCGUAAGGAUGAAAAUUGCCCUAGGUGCAGCAAAGGGUCUUGCCUUUCUUCAUGAAGAAGCAGAAAGACCGGUGAUAUAUCGUGAUUUUAAAACCUCGAACGUCCUAUUAGAUGCGGACUACAAUGCUAAACUUUCUGAUUUUGGACUUGCAAAGGAUGGUCCUGAGGGGGAUAAAACCCAUGUCUCAACCCGUGUAAUGGGAACAUAUGGUUAUGCUGCCCCAGAAUAUGUGAUGACUGGACAUCUUACAUCAAAGAGUGAUGUCUACAGUUUCGGUGUAGUUUUACUUGAAAUGUUGACUGGUAGGAGAUCUAUGGACAAGAACCGUCCUAAUGGGGAGCAUAACCUUGUUGAAUGGGCUCGUCCCCAUCUACGAGAGAGAAGAAGAUUCUACAGAUUGAUUGACCCACGUCUGGAAGGCCAUUUUUCUAUAAAAGGUGCCCAGAAAGCAGUACAGAUUGCUGCUCAUUGUCUUAGCCGUGAUCCCAAAGUUAGGCCUCUUAUGAGUGAAGUUGUUGAAGCUUUGAAGCCUCUGCCCAACCUCAAGGACAUGGCAAGCUCAUCUUACUAUUUUCAGACCUUGCGUGCUGACCGAAUCGGGUCCAGUCCAAAUGCUAGAAAUGGCAUUCUAACACAAGCAGGGUCUCUGUCGAGGAAUGGUCAGCAACAGAGGAGCCUUUCUAUACCCAACGGCUCCCAUGCUUCUCCGCUUCACUAUCAGCAUCCGCAUCAAUCACCCAUACCCAAUGGCAAACCACAAGCAUUGGGUCAGUAAUUACCUACUUUUUUUUUCAUUCCUUUCUAAUUCAUUUCACUCUCUUUUCCCCCCUCAUCAUAGAUGUAAUCUUUUCAUUUGGAUGCCAAGGGACUACAUUACUGGCUUAGUUUUACCAUUAGGAGAAGCAAAAGGAUCUCCUUUCCUUUCUCAUAUCACAUUUUCAGCCCUCUAUAUAUAACUAUAAGUCCA